GUUUACCAUGGCGACGGGGACGCUAUCGUCUGCUGUAAAUAGAUACAUAGUGGCCGUAACAUUAUUUCUGUUAAUAUACGCUGAUCUUCCUCACUGCCAGCAGUUCGUUAUCCCGUAUAAGACUCCUUCAGACUGUACUGCGGAGGAAUUUUUCGAUAUCUCGAGUCUCUCGUGCAUGAGGUGCGGUUCAAAUCAGCGACGGAGCACAACAGGACUGAGCUGCAUUUGCAAAACUGGGUACCAAACUGUUAUCACUGACAAGACGUCCAUUACUUGCCAGCAGUGUCCGCCUGACAAACCUGCAGUAACUAAAGGUGGGUUUGGGUGUAUUCGCUGUCCAGGCGCUCUCAGUGAUGAGGGACAGUGCCAGUGCCCACAAGGCAACAUCCUGGUGGAGAGAGAUGUCAGCGGAAACAUUUUAGAUGAGGCCAGGUGUGAAACGUGCGAUGGAAACUCCCCUGCUUCGUCUGUACCAAACCGCAGCGGAGACAGGUGUGAGAGAUGUCAGGCUUCUUUCAUUAACACCUCCUGUGAGUGUAACCCGCCCAAUGUCCUGGCAGGAGGUUUGUGUUUACCUCCAAACAGCCUCUCCACCAACGUGAAUCCCAGUGUCAACUACGCUCAGUUGAAGUUCAGUGUCCAGUCUGCCUGGUUCAUCAAAAACCUGUACUCCUCAGCAGCAGCCUGCCUUGUCUUCUCCAACCUGACAGCGUGCCAGGCUCUCGGGAACAUGUGCGUGAUGAACAUGCACUCCUUCAGCGGCGUCUCUGCCGAUGCCUGCGGUCUCUUCAACACCGUCUUCAGAUCCAGAGCUGCUUUGGGCUUAACUCAAGACAUUUCCUACUGGAGAGGUAAUCUGCCUUGGCUUUACUAUGGCGACGAACCAGGAUUAGCCAGUCGAGUGCUUCAGACCGAUCCUGUCCCCAUCGGGUUCAGUUUCAGAGGAAGAAACAAGAACACUGACAUUAAGCUGCUCGCUGCUGUCUACAAUGUCAGAGGAGAGUUCCUCAGAUGGGAACCAGUCGGAGGAGGUAAUCUCCAGCUUUGUCCAGAAACAACGGACAAACAGGCUGCAGCCUUCAGCUUUGGAACCGCUUUCCAAGAAAGUUGUGAUCUCCCAGUAAAAGAGCUGUUGGAUAACCAUCCUGAGCCGCUGUUUUAUGAUGUGUUCAUGGAUCUCGGUGGAGAAGAGAACAAAAAACUUCUCCCUCUGCCUACACUCGUCUAUAACCAGCAAUACAACGGACGGUUCAUCAACCAAGAGAGCAUGAGGAACUGGUACUUGUCCCGACGUAUGUUUGUUGUCGACACGCUGAGCGGAAGAGAGAGCGGAAGAGAGAGGAGCACUGCUACCCUGCCCAAAGUCAUCCGUGUAGCCAGCAGUGUCAAAAUAAGGUUUCAGCUGGUUCCGCGAACCCAGGAAGGACAGGUUUUUCCACCUCUAAUGACAGUGACCUACAGAGACGUUCCCAUCAUGGAUAUCAAAACACAAACUGUGACUACAACGUUUGCAGUGGAGUAUGAGAUGGAUCAAAAAGAGGCUCGCAUGAAGACAGAUACUGCUCUGGGUGUGAUGGGUGGUGUUGCUGUCCUCUACUCUCUGCUGAAGACAAUCAGCUGGAAGCGGAGGAUCGCCUCUCAGCUCGUUGAUGUGGCGACUAUGAUGAAGUUUUUGUUGUUUUAUGCCGGAGAUCUGGCCAAUGUUUUUUUUGCCGUCACCGUGGGAACUGGACUUUACUGGCUCAUCUUUUACAAGGCCCAAAAGUUUGUGUCCGUGCUGUUGCCACUCCCUGCACAGGAGGAGCAGUUUGUCACAUACAUCGGUUGUGCCUUCGCUCUCAAGGCUAUCCAGUUUCUGCACAAGCUGAUCCUUCAGGUGACAGUUGAUGUAUUUUUUAUUGACUGGGAGAGGCCACGAAGCAAACCUAAUAGAACUGUACAAGCUGCUGGUGAACCGAAACGUGACCCCUCUCCAGUCAGCAUCUGGAGAACCUACUUUGUGGCCAAUGAAUGGAACGAGAUUCAGACCAUCCGCAAGAUCAGCCCAACUUUUCAGAUCAUGGCUGUGCUCUUCUUCCUUGAAGUGCUGGGUUUCUCUAACCUGGCCCUGAGGGACCCCUGGCCAACUUUACAGCGCUCCUCUCAGGCGUACACCCCUUCAUACAGCCUGAUGCUGCGCUACGGUCUGGCAGCCACGCUGUGGCUCUGCAUCGGACUUCUGCAGGUGAUUUUCUUCACUGUGUUUCAUGAGCACUUUGUGGAGGACAAAAUCCGUCAGUUUGUGGAUCUCUGCUCCAUCAGUAAUAUUUCUGUGCUGCUGUUAUCUCACCGUUGUUUUGGCUACUACAUCCACGGGCGGUCAGUGCACGGACAUGCAGAUACAAACAUGGAGGAGAUGAACAACAAUCUGAAUAGAGAAUCUGAGUCCCUGUGUGGUCAGAGAGGUUUACUUCCCAACACAGAGAUGCAGACCUUUCAGGUGUCUCUAACCAGCCGCCUGCGCUCGCAGUAUGACAGGAUACGGGAUCAGAUCGGCAGGAGGAACGGGCCGUCACGGCUGGUGGACGCAGGCUUGGCUAACCAGUUUGAGCAGAGGGCAAAAGGCUACCAGACCAUGAACCACUUUCUGGGAUCUGUUAUAGACCAUGCGCAUCCUGACAUGGACUACAUAGUGAAGGACAAGCUGAUGUUUGAGAGGGUCAUAGGGAUGGAGUUCCUUGAACCCAAUGAAAAAAGCAUCUUUUACAACGAUGAGGCCCACUCCUUCAGUGAUGUGCUAUUUUAUGGAAACGAGGCCACGCUGCUGAUCUUUGACACUUUGUUUUUCUGUGUCGUCGACCUCGGAUCUCAGAGCUUUGUGCUCGCAGCAGUGCUUACAUGCGUACAGCAAAUGAUAUUUCGCUUGAUUCGUAACACUCUGGGAAGGAAGAAUCUUGUCAACAAGACUCUGGUGGACGAGAGAUUUCUGAUUUGAAGUUCCCUGCUCAGUAGUUGGUGAUGUCAGUGUUGUUUCGUGGCAUUCCUCUCAAAGAUGUUUACUGUUCACAGCU